AUGCAUCUCUUCGCCACCUGGUUCAGCAGCCUGGCGAUCUUACCAUUGGCUCGAGCCUCCUGGCCUAUGCUUUAUGGGACCGAAGUAGCUUUAAGUCCAUACAGCAACAAUGAGCCCAGCGUAAAAGUUGAGACGCUCUUCCAAUUCCCAGAGAACGGCUCCUGGGUCGACAACAUCGUCCUCCGACCCGACGGGAACCUCUUACUGACGCGUCUGGAUGUUCCUGAAGUUUGGUCUAUCAACACCACUAGUGGAAACGCGACUCUUGCCUAUUCAUUUCCCAAUGUUACCAGCUGCUUUGGAAUUAGCGAAAUCGCAGAUGAUAUAUUUGCGGUGGUAGUCGGCAAUUUCUCAACAGAGACUUAUAAGCCCGAUGCUGGUUCUUUCUCCGUUCAGAAAUUAGAUUUCAGCAAGAUCGAAAGGAAGAGGGACGAGCAUGCCUCAGAAUCCCCAGCUGCUUCCCAAAUCGUGGCACUACCGGAGGCCGAGGCUUUGAAUGGAAUGACCACUUUCUCAAAAGACCCAGAUCUGGUUCUCAUUGCGGACAGCCCCAAAGGUGUCGUAUGGAAAGUCAACACUAAAACAAGCAAUUAUUCUAUCGCACUGAACGAUACAACCAUGCUUCCAGCAAAGGGACAGGCACUUCCUUUGGGAGUCAACGGCCUAAAAGUGGUUGAAGAUUAUGUGUACUAUUCGAGCACAACACGCAUGGAGUUUUGUCGCGUUAAGGUGGACGCGGAGGUCAGGCCGGUCGGAGAAUACGAGGUCAUCGCCAGCGGAUUUCUGCCUGAUAACUUCGACGUGACCGAAGAUGGCAUCGCAUAUAUCGCCACAGAUCCCCAAAACUCUGUCGUCCGCAUUACUGCCUCGGGUCAAAUUUCGCUCGUGGCUGGCGGGCAGUUGUCGACGGAGAUGCCAGGUCCCACGUCAACCCGGCUGAGCGAAGAUCGAAAGUCUCUCUUUGUUGGAACUAGUGGGGGACAAGUGGCGCCAGUCUUGGGUACUUUUAAGGAGCCAGGCAAGGUAGUCAAGAUUACUCUCGCAUAA